AUGGCGGACUCUAUCACAUUGCAUCCGUUCGGACUACAAUAUUACCUGCUGCUAGUUGCUGCAUGGUCGCUACGGCUUCCCGCAAUGAUACUCGACUGGACAAAAAAAAGGAAGAGCUUAGACGUACUGGAGACCAGAGGUGUCACGCGGAAACGCAUCCAGGUCCCGUCACGGGAGAACGGCCGGACGAUAGCGGUGGAUAUAUACGAAAAGGCCAACCAGCCUAAAGAUGCCAAAAGGUAUACGCAUCUCAAUUUCCAUGGAUCCGGUUUCAUCAUUCCUUCCCUGGGCAGCGAUGUCGACUUCUGCAGCGACCUCGCCUCCACCGGCGUCGUGGUCUUCGAUGCCGACUACCGCAAAGCGCCCGAACACCCGUUCCCUGCCGCUUAUUAUGAUGCCCAAGAUGUUCUCUCAUAUAUCCAAAACCACUCCUCGGACUUCGAUGUUUCCCGUCUCACCAUCGGCGGCUUCAGUGCCGGCGCAAACCUUGCCAUGGCAUUAGCCGUCACCUCGCCUCCUGGCUCCAUCGUGGGCUUGGCCUCAUUCUACGGCAACACAGACUUGACGAGCGUCUAUCCCGCACCCAAUGAGAAGAGCUACGACGCCGGUACGGUGCUGCCGGCAUGGUUGAGGCGGUUCUUUUAUAGGUGCUAUGUCCUGCCCAACCAGGACAGGGCCGAUCCGCGGCUGUCGCCGGCGAAUGCUCCGCUCGACAGGUGGCCAAAGCAUGUUUUUCUUGCUUGUGGGACGGCUGAUAGUCUACACGAGGCUGGAAGGAUUAUGAUAGAUCGAUUGCGUGAGUCGGGGCAUCGGGAUGCGGAAUUCUUGUCGGUGGAAAGGGAGGCGCACGCAUUCGACAAGAGUGCCAAAGAGGGUUCCCCAACCGAGAAGAAGACACAGGAGGUUUAUCGGAAGGCGCUGGCUAUGAUUGAGAGGUCUCAUGAGUAA